AUGGCACAACGCAAGAAUGUUUCUGUCUUUGUCACACCUCGAAAUUCACUUGAUUUACUCCCGCUGACUAGACUUGUUCCUGAAGCACCUGCUUUAGAUACUAAAUCAGCACACCUGUAUUUGCUGUCAGCACCCUUUGCAGUUCUGGGCGGACUUUCACCACGUGAGAAAGAGGUAGCUAAGGUAGUACCUUUGCAUCAGCGCUAUUUCCGCAGACAGGCUGGGCUCACCAAUCGCUGGCAAUUUUCAUUUAGUCCAAGUUGUGACCUGCUGGGAAUUGCACAGGCAAAUAAGGCUGUCCGAGUUGGUCUCAAUGAGACCCUGAUGAGAAUAAUGUCAGUUGAUGCACCUGUGUCACUGAAUACAGAACGAAAAACUUGGAAGGAAAUCUCAGAUCUCCGGGCAGAGUCAAAGGGGCUACUUGUACAAUAUCCAACUACAAAACCCAAAUUAAGGAACAGGCUUUUCUCUCAACAAGGACCUCCACAUGAGAGGCUUUUUUCUUACACACAGAAGGUCACAGAAGGCUUAGAGCCAGAUGUAACAUUGGAGUGUCUGGGCUUCCAGUGGGACCUUCAUCGUAUGUACUUAUUUAAAUCCCAGGUCCUUGCAAAUCUUCUUGCUUCAGCUGUUCUAGAUCAUGGCAUGCAUUAUACAGAUAACAGAACUGUCAAAGAAACCAGAUGUUACAAACGACGCCUACUAGCUGGAAGGGACAAUAAAAAACUCUCUGAAAGGAAGCAAAAAAUACCCAAAGUUACCCUUGUCUUGGAUAUUGACAAUCCAGAUGUCACUCGAUUUGCCUUUGCUGCUGCUCUCAAGAAUUUAUACAACUCCCAAAUGGAAGUGAAUGAAGAAGAUGUUCUGGAAAUUUUGGCUACUGCAUCAGAACUACAAUUCCCUAGCCUCUUCCAGAAGUGUGCUCAAGUCAUGAGAAGUAGUAUUUCCCCAGCAAAUGUCUGCAGUUAUUAUUCUGCAGGCUGCAAGUACAAGCAACCUUCCUUGAUCUCAGAUUGUGAAAGGUGGAUAGAGGUGAAUCUUGUCAUACAGCUGGGCUCCCAGAUUCACCUGCGGAAGCUGCCACUGGAACUACUACAGAAGAUGCUUAGAUCUUCAAGGUUAUUUACUUUCAGUGAAUUUCACCUUUGGAAAAUUACCCUCUGCUGGGUGUUUCUACAGCAAAACCCCAAAAUUCAGAUAAUUCCGUCAUAUGAUACCGUCCGUACAUAUUUUAGCAGCUUGCCCAAGAUAUGUUCCUUCCUGGAAAAGGAAAUAGGACAACGAUACAUAGCUAUUUUUCAGUCUCUUCGUUUACAUGGCAUCACUUCAAGUAAGCAUCUAGAAGAACUAUGGCAGAUUAAUUUCCUUCCUUUGCCAUGGCUAACGAGGAUUUUGUCCUAUCAUUACUAUGCACUUGAGUAUGGUGGUGACAUGGCUUUCCAGAGAGACUUUAAUACUCAGGCAGUGAGAUUUGGUCUGGUUCUUACACAGGAACCAAGAUACCAUGCAGAAAUAAUUUCCAUUUAUGGAUUCUUCUUUGAGAUAAAAGCAAUGAGACAUGAAGCUUCAGCAUAUAGUUUUUAUAUGCAAAGAGUCAAACAUACAGAUCCAAUUAUAUCUUUUUUUACUGCUGAGUGUAGCCCUGUUAGCUUAAAGAAGGAGCGUGAAGUUCAGUAUGAAAUAAAAGCACAGUGCCAGAUAGAUGGAAAGUGGGAAGAAUUCACCACAGGCAGACUUACACAGAAGUUCGGUGUGAAGAAACCAUCUUGCAAAAGCAAGGUUUUGAAAAUGUAUGUACCACCUGUUCCCAUCUAUGUGACGUUUUCUCUUCUUUUUCCAUCAUCAUUGGCAUAAAAGCCAACAAACUUUUCCUUUGAAGACUUUAUUUUUGGCAUAUGACUAGUAUGCAUUUUCAAGAGGGUAGCUACCUUUGCUUUA